AGUAAAUCGACUGCCCAACUCCCGACAUCGGCCAUCAGGCAUCAGUUCUCGUGUUUUCAAUCGAGUCCUGUAAUCCUGUUUUCCUGUUUGUACGGUAAUUUACUCCAUUAAGAAAAGAUGGCACAUGAAGAAGGAGAUCCGGCCGAAAUCGCAAAGUUGACCGGCGUCGGAAAAUAUUUCAACACUCUCACGACUAAAGGACGGGUUAACAUUGUAUGUGCGACCUAUGGAACUAUCGCUGUUGGAUAUCUAUUAUACAAAUUGCGCAGCCCAAAAGCAGAAAAACCAAGUUCUUCGUCUUGAAUACAAUUUUUAAUUAAUUUUAGAAAUGCUUUUUAGAUUUAGGUUAUAUGUUUUGAUUAUUAUUUAAGAUAUAUUUCAUAUAAAAAGAAUUAUAAUUAAGAAAUAAAGGUACUGCAAUGUUCUUUA